GAACGAGGGAAAUUGCACGCCUUUAUUACGUGACACCUCCUCCGUGAAUAACCCAGAAGUAAGCUAUAGGAGAAAUCACUAUUCAGUACCGAACAUACCCCAAGUUUUUCCCAAAACCCAUUCGGCUUUGGCUCUUGCAGAAAUUAGGGCAUGGACGGACGUGGCCGCAACACCGAUCUUCUUCACGGUGGUCGUCGUCGUCGUGGUGGGCCCACAAUCGGCGUCAAUGUCUUGGAUGCCGAUGCCGAUGGACGGAUUUGCCUCCGUGUUCCCGCUCAUACCACUUUUGGGGAGCUGAAAAUGCAUAUUUACGAAGAAACUCGGUUGGUGCCUGAUAAACAAAGAUUGCUGUUCGAAGAAAUGGAGAGAGAUGAUCAGGAGUAUUUGGACACGGUGGGUGUGAAUGAUAAUGCAAACGUUUUUCUCGUGGAAAAAAAGAAAAAGAGAACGUUUGAAGAGGGUGAGGGCAGUAGAUUAUCUAGCGCUGCUGAAGUCAGACCAGAGAAAGAGCCGGGAUCCGUGGAAGUCCCAGUCGAAGAUCCGCUUGAGAAGGAGAACAGGCUUAAGGCGUUGACAUCUUGUGCAGCCGUUGCUAAAGUCAGAGCAGAGGAUGAUAAGCUUUCAGAACAGUCGGGAUCCGUGGAAGUCCCAGUCGAAGAUCCGCUUGAGAAGGAGAACAGGCUUAAGGCGUUGACAUCUUGUGCAGCCGUUGCUAAAGUCAGAGCAGAGGAUGAUAAGCUUUCAGAACAGUCGGGAUCCGUGGAAGUCCCAGUCGAAGAUCCGCUUGAGAAGGAGAACAGGCUUAAGGCGUUGACAUCUUGUGCAGCCGUUGCUAAAGUCAGAGCAGAGGAUGAUAAGCUUUCAGAACAGUCGGGAUCCGUGGAAGUCCCAGUCGAAGAUCCGCUUGAGAAGGAGAACAGGCUUAAGGCGUUGACAUCUCGUGCAGCCGUUGCUAAAGUCAGAGCAGAGGAUGAUAAGCUUUCAGAACAGGUGGCUGCACUGAAAGGAGUUGUGAAUGGUGGGACCCAGGCUGGAGAGAAGGAAAUCUCGGAGCUAACUGAGUUGCUAAUGAAGCAGCUGCUGAAAUUGGAUGGCAUUGAGGCUGUAGGAGAAGGGAUAGAGCAGCGAAAGCUUGAGGUGGUCCGUAUACACAGCAUUUUGAAGACACUGGACUCUCUAAAGGGAAUGAACUCGAAUCCAUUGGGCAACGACAGCAGGAAUGUAUGAGUGGCCCUCCACCCUUUGCAUCAUCUACGGCAGUGAGUCAAGAUUGGGAACACUUCAUUUAGCUACUGUAUGAAGCAACAGUGUUUACUUCUACAUUAUGAUUGAAGCAACAGUGUUUACUUUUGUCCACCCUCUGUCCAUUUUUAGUUCACAUUGUUCUUUUUUACUACAAAUGUCAUUAGUGCAAGGGCAAAGAUGAUUGAAGCAACAGUGUUUACUUCCACAUUAUGAUUCCCUAUUGAGUACUCGAAUUUCAAAAGUGACCUUCCCUUUUGAUAUGGGUUAAUCAGUUAAUAGCAGCAGCAGAAACUUGGCUUUAGCA